UGAUUUUCUGUUCCACGCUUUCGAAAUUAUUUGCCAGAUUUUGUUAACCACUUCCUUUCCAUUUAAAAAAAAAUAUUUUUCUUUUGACAUAUCUAUUUUUAGCAUGUAUCAGCUUUUUGUUUUAACUUCGACACGUUACUUUUACCGCUUCUCUAGACUGAAGAAACACUUUUCCUUUCUUUUUUAAAAACAUCUCCAAAUAAACAACGAGGCGGCUUGCUGGAGUAGAAAUACCGUUCUAACCACGUGACACACUUUCUGCUAAUUCUUCGAGAGUUUCUUUUGUUGUUGCUAUCCCUUUGUCUACUUUGGAGUCGUCUGGCUGCUACAUCUCGCCCAGUAAACAUGAGGGUCAAAUUUAUUUUAUUAUAACCAUUAGAAAAAAAACAAUUAUUCCAUCCUGCAGAUAUUAACAACAGAAUCUAGCCAGAACCUUUUCUGUAAGGUUUAUUUUUACCCCCUUUUUUUUUCUUACCUUUCGAUGCUUAGUGUGAACUUUUAAACAGUUCACUAGGAAUUAUUUGUACGGAAUUACCAACUUUGUGUUUCAAGGAGGGAAAGCUUCUGUUUACCAAGCAACCAGGGCUACACAUUUCAAGGUGCCAUCAUGACCUCGGUGUAUUGUGACAAUUCCAAAUCGGCCACAAUGACACAAUCUAAAGUUAAACAAUUUCCUCCCAGUUAUCAGAAUGGAUACAUGAACGUGUUCCAACUUCCUCCGGUAACUAUGGCAACGGGACCACCUCAUUACAAAAUUAUUCUCUGUGGAGAAUACGGUGUUGGGAAAAGUUCGAUAUUUCGAAGAUUCCGAGAUGAUUCGAUCGAGGAAAAUAUGGACGACCGUAUGUCUACGGUUGGUUUGGAUCAAUGUUCCAGACUGUUUCCCAUGAGUGGAAUUGACAUAAAGUUGACUCUUUGGGAUACAGGCGGAAUGGAAAGAAUGAGCUUCAUUGGUUCCAGCUACUAUCGAGGAGCAGACGCUGCUCUUUUGUGUUACAGUUGUGAGAAGCGAGAAACCUUUACCAUUCUUUCACAGUAUAUAUUGGACGUUGUAAUGAACGCUGAAGGUGCGAAGAUCUUUUUGUGUGGUAAUAUGUGUGGAGAUGAGUCAGAAAGUGCUGUCACUGAAGCCGACGUGGAAAACUUUAAAGAAGAAUGCGACGGUGUCUUAUCUGGAGUUUACAAGGUCUCCAGCCACGAUAACAAAAGUAUUCUGGACAUGUUUGAAGAUAUAGCCCGCGUUAUGCAUGAUCUGCAAGUUGACCGCAUUUCUAGUGGUGGCUUUAUGCUCGUACCAGCUACCGACGAACUUGCCUAUAACAAGAAAAAGAAAUGUUUGCUUUUGUAAAUUUGAGGAAAAAAGAGAAGAGAAUGAAAGAAAGAAUGAUUAAAGAAUGAGAGAAUGGUUACUAUAAAGAGGUUUAAAAACUUCUCACAGACUUUGUGUUGAAAUGUUUUAUCACUCUUUCAGAAAGAGAAUUUGAUUUUUCAAUGAAAAAUGGACUACCCUCAUUAUGCAGUCGACUAAACUCUUGCUGCUGUCCUCACACUCCAAUUAACCACAAUAUUACCAUUCAACCACAUUUCUAUUUUACAGGACAGCUCUUUUGAAGUCACUGGUAUAAAGUCUUUUAGACUUGCAUUCUUUCAGAAUUCAGUUGGACUGAUACUAAGAGUUGUUUUCGAACCAUUUCUUUGUCAUCACAUUUUUUUUUCUUCAGAUAUUUCUAUUUGGAUUCAUCUGUAUUUAACCCUUUUCUUUCCAGCCCAUUUUAUGUUUAUUCAGCAGUAAGAUAUCAUUUGCCUUAAAUGAAAUCAUUCGCAUCAUAAACCUUUUCAUAAUAUAUACACAUUGCCAAAAUAUUGUCUCGUGAUGGAGAAGGAAUGAACUAUCUGAAAAAUAAAAAAAAGACAUCGUAAUUAGCCAAAUGCAUGACGUCAUAAAUGACCAAAUCAAUGACGUCAUAUAACCACGUAAAUCUUUUUUUGUAAUGCUGAACUCAAAACAAUAUGCCUUCUGGAAUAGUAGUCACUUUGAUGUUAUUCUUUUCAUAUUUACUAACAUUUAUGUCAGAAAAUUAAAUAUUUUCCUAACAGUUUU